CCAACACAUAGUACAGCACAGAAGCAGAUGACAUAACAUAGAUCUCUUAGGAGAGUAUGGCCGAUUAGAAAAUAUCUAAAGGGCAUAACGGAUAUCCGAGCCUAAUUCAUCUGUCUUUAAAUGAAUAAUUCAAUACUUUCUUAUGUUGCAGGCAUAUGUUCAACAGUUGGAGAAUAGCCGACUGAAGUUAUCGCAGUUGGAACAGGACCUUUAACGAGCACGUCAAAGAUAACCUUUCAGAUUCUGCCGUUCUGCAGGGACCUUAGCAUUUGAUGCAGAAUAUAGUCAAUGGUAGAAGAACACAACAAGAACAUCAAUGAGUUGAGGAACACUGUCAAUUCUCAUGCAAGUGACCCUGAACUGUUAAGUAUUGUGAAUAAUGUCACUGCACAUUUUCAUGAGGUCUUUAAGGUGAAAGGAAAUGCAACUAAGGCGGACGUGUUCCAUGUCUUGUCAGGGAUGUGGAAAACCCCUACCGAGCGGUGUUUAUGUGGAUUGGUGGCUUCCUCCCCUCGGAACUUCUUAAGCCAAGUGAUACGGCUAGUGGACUCAUUUCGCCCAUGGAUGCAAGGAGAUCACGUGAUGAUAGUGAUCCUAAUGACAGUCAUUGAUUUCAUUGCAAAUUUUCUUGGGUAUUCAAUUAGGAUGAUGUAAUUAUAUGGUUGGAGUGAAUCUUAGAAUAUUGAAGGUUUUGUGUUUAAAUUUGAUUUUAGAGUUUGAAGAUACUAGUUAAUGUUAAAAAUUUGGAGUUUGAAGAUGAUAAUGUUGAAAAUUUAGUUUUGAAGUUUAA